CACAGUUGACAGUAUUCCAAAAACUAUUACCAUCCAAUCCACUAGGUGGUAGCAAUGCGAAACCUUAGCCUUAAGUGUACAUGACGUUACUACAGAAGGAACGCGCUCUACAAACGAUCUCGUGCUACGGGGGACCCUGAGACAGCGGAGACCGACAGCUGCUUAUACGCACAGGCACCAUGGCUGGAUUCUGGAUCGACUUUGAAUCGCAGGAUAUCUUAUGCGAGAUGUGCUUCGGCCUGAGCCACUCGCAGAAUCUGUGAGUCAUCUGCUCCAAGCGAAGACGUUGCCGUUAUCAAUCCUACUCUACUACAUUGAAGGAGUCAGUGUUAAGUAAUAGCAAUCUAAGGUUGGUCUGUCACUCACAGAGCUCACAAUGUAAUGAUAUUGUGCCUCGGUUGAUAAGAGAAGGGAUCUGGAUUGGAAGAGGAGAAAUCUGGAUUGAUAAAAUCUUAAGUGGUUGGCCAGUUUUUGAUAUUUUGAUUUUUUUAACAUUUUUUUUAAUCAUUUUUGUGUGAUUUACAUAGGGCUCUUGCUCAUUGCUUUGAUAAUUUACAUUCAUUGAACAAACUAGAGAGAACAAAUUAGAAACCAGUAUUUGUUGUGCAUAUCCACUUAAUGUGUACACUGGGAAUGAUCUUCCCAGAAGGUAGAUUUAUCUUUCUUCUCCACACAGUUCAUCUUUCCUCCAGAUCGGCUGGUUCAAUCGCCAUGUGUGAUCCAGAGGGACAAGGAGAGAACGCCCCUAACAGGCUGUCCAACAGAGAUGCCAUCCAGCUGCCCGACGAGCUCUCCCUGAGCGACUCAGACCCAGACGACACCUUCACGCCCUUCGGCCAGCGGGUGGAGGACCUGUCAUCGUCUUCCGACGAGGAUGAAGCCAGAGGUCAUCGACAGCCAGGGGUCCCGCCGCCGACUCUGCCACCACCGCUGCCGCCGUCGGGCCGAGGCGAGAGUGUGUUCCAGCUGCGCGGCGGCAGCCUGGGAUUCUCGGACCGCAGCCGCAGCAUCUUCGAGAGCCUGGAGAGCGCCGUGAAGCUGACGUCGGCACAGCUCGGCGACGACAACGUCCUCAGCGGCACGUUCGCUCGCCCCGCGCCACCCUCACCCCCGCCACUCUCCCGCGGCGGCAGGAAGAGCGGAGGGUCGCCCGGCCGGGCGGCCCCCAAACAGCCGCCGCCUCCGCAGACCGCGCCGGUAGCGGCCAGCAAGGUGCCCGACUACCUGGCCCACCCUGAGCGCUGGACGCGCUACAGCCUGGAGGACGUGCCCGAGACCAGCGACCGGCGCAACAGCCAGGUGGCGCACCAACUCAUCCAGGGCCUCCAGGACACGCGCCGGAGGAGCCAGGAGGACCGCGACGAGUCCUUCAUGCCCUCCUUCAACCAGUCCCAGGGCUCUGGAGACCAGCACAAGAUCCUCUUCUCCAAGCCCCGCCUGGGCUCCAGGGAGGAGGGGGGGAAGGCUGGCCGCCAGAGGAAGGCCGGAGUGGGGCUGCUGCACCUAGACGAGGCCCAGGAUGAGGAGGAAGGCGCUAGGCCCGACAGGUCUCGUCACGGUCACCCGCGCAAGGAGGACCGGAAGAGGAAGUGGGCUCCCAAUAAGGAGUGGGGGGACGAGGACGACCCCGAGGAGGAGCCGGAGAAACCAACCAGCGUCGCUUUCAGCAUCAGCAGCAAGAAGGUGAACCGCAAGCACUUCCGCAAAAUGGCCGAACAGCAGCCUCAGGAGGAGGAAGAGGAGGAUUAACACCUUCCUCCAGACGCCACAUAAGUACCUAGCCCUAAACAGCAUGAGACUUUAGCCAGUAUGAAAUCCCAUCCAGUUUCCCAGGAGACAGAAAGUGUCUCCUAAUGUUAAAGUUCGGCGCCUCUGUGUCAUGUUUAGAUUAGUGUAAGUGUGAGCACCAGUGUUACCGUCACACCCUCCCAUUUGCCGUAUUUAUCAGUGUUUGUAAUUGAAUACCAAAUGUCAUGGAAAAAAAAUCCCUAAUCUCAUCAAGUCAUGCAUUUAGGAUAGUUGGACAUUGACGUGAAACAAAUUACUCAUGGCCCCAAAAAACGUUUGUUACUAUAACGCUGCCACCACAUCAAGGCCAGUUAUAGGCCCGUGUAUUUGAUACUGGAAUACGACAUAUUCCAGUGUACUCGGUGUAACAGGUUUGCAGGCCUGCACAGAAGCACACUACCUUUCCAUACUAGUACAUACAUGGGGAGAGUCACCCAGCGGGUUCCAGGUGCUCCACAGACCAUGCUGAUUUAGAGAAGUGUAUUGUUAGUAAGGGUCAAGCAUUGAUGCUGUAGAUGCCGUCAUGCAUGAAGUCUCCCGUUUCCCACCAUUGUUUUUCACCCCUUGAACUUCCAUGGCUGUGCACAGACAGUGUGGUGAUGAACCGUGUGACAAAAUAGUCCAGAAAUGACGUCCUGACGAAUGGUCUUAUCUGUGAAGUGUUUGUAUAGAGUGUUUUUUGUUUGUUUUUUGUUUUGUUUUUUGUCAGGUUACAUGGAUACAUCCCUGUAGAAGUUAAACUUAAAAGUGUUCAUUUGUUUUGCAUAAGAUAACAGAAGCCUAUGCACAGGCAAUGGUGUGAUAAGCUGUGUGGUACAAUAGUGCAUUCCUUGUAGACGUGUUUAUUUGGUUUACAUAGGAGACAACAGAACCCAGUGGGGAAUGAACAGAGAACUGUGCUGAUAUUCAAUGCAAUAAAAUAUUUUCCUCAUCCAAAA